GCAUGCAAAUUAAGGCAGCUUUACACGGGGAUAAAUCAUCGAUCUGGCUGUGUCAUGGCAGGUUGUGCCGGUGGUGGCGAAGAGGAGGCGCACCGAUCGUCCGGGAAGCUGGCGGCCGGGAAGUGGUGGGAGCGGCCAGAUGACACGGCCAUGGCCGGGAUGGACCAUGGCGGGGCCGCCGGCGGUGCCGGUAGCUCGAGAUAUUUUCACCAUCUGCUCCGCCCGCAGCAGCCGUCGCCGCUGUCGCCGACAUCCCAUGUCAAGAUGGAGCACUCCAAGAUGUCACCCGAUAAGAGCCCGGUAGGGGUGGCAGAGGCGGGAGGGAGUGGGAGCGGCGUCGGCGGUGACCAGCCGUCGUCGUCGGCCAUGGUCCCUGCCGAGGGUGGCAGCGGCAGUGGCUCCGGUGGGCCGACGCGGCGUCCGCGCGGCCGCCCUCCGGGGUCCAAGAACAAGCCGAAGCCUCCCAUAAUCGUGACGCGCGACAGCCCGAACGCGCUGCACUCGCACGUCCUCGAGGUCGCCGGCGGCGCUGACGUCGUCGACUGCGUGGCCGAGUACGCCCGCCGCCGAGGGCGCGGCGUCUGCGUGCUGAGCGGCGGGGGCGCCGUCGUCAACGUGGCGCUGCGACAGCCCGGCGCGUCGCCCCCAGGCAGCAUGGUGGCUACACUGCGGGGCCGGUUCGAGAUCCUGUCUCUCACGGGCACGGUCCUGCCGCCUCCCGCGCCACCAGGCGCGAGUGGCCUCACCGUGUUCCUCUCCGGCGGCCAGGGCCAGGUGAUCGGCGGCAGCGUGGUGGGCCCGCUGGUCGCCGCAGGGCCCGUCGUCCUGAUGGCGGCUUCAUUCGCGAACGCCGUGUACGAGCGGCUGCCGCUUGAAGGCGAGGAAGAGGAGGUGGCCGCGCCGGCCGCCGGAGGGGAAGCGCAAGAUCAUGUGGCGCAGUCAGCUGGACCCCAAGGGCAGCAGCCGGCGGCAUCACAGUCGUCCGGCGUGACCGGAGGCGACGGUACUCACGGUAGUGGCGCCGGUGGCAUGUCGCUCUACAACCUCGCCGGGAAUGUGGCGGCCUUUCAGCUCCCCGGAGACAACUUUGGAGGUUGGAGCGGCGCCGCCGCCGGCGGAGUCAGGCCACCGUUCUGACCCACGCCGGCCUUAGCAUCCAGUUCAAAAAUUCUCCCAAGAAUUGCAUAGAGCGGAAGCUCUAGCCAUCCGAUGAAGAUGUGCAUGGAAGCUAGCUACAAUGGAACAAAAUUGCAGCAUGCAUGCUGGAUUGUUGAUUGGACGACAGACCUUUGUACUGGGUGCAAUAUACGUAUGCAUCUAUCAUGCAUGCGUUGCAAAUUAAGAUUUCAAUUCAUAUUCAUGAGGAGAGUUAUCCUAUACAUAUAUUUUAACAUCUGUGGGGGCAAGAAGAAGCUAGAGGAGAGAUGCAAAGAGCUAGCUCGGAAUAAACUAAAAAGGUCAGUGAGAUCCAAUGUUUUGUGUUUAAUUCCAUCAAGUGUUUCUUCUUCCUUUUUUUACAUUCUUUUUUGUUUUGCAUUUUGUAAUAUGGUAUCCUAUUCUAGUUGUAUCUUUCGAUUGGUAGAACCAUGUUUCUGAAAAAUUCUUGUUCCCUUCUUUUCAACCUCUGAACCUGUGCAACACCAGAACUGUCUUGUAGUCACUUUCACAGGUCUGAAAUUCAAGCUCACAAUUUGGUGGUAUUGAAUAAGA